GGUUCCCACAAAAAUGAGCAUGACGUCAGCAAAAUGUUGUCUCCAACCAUUUUCCCACUUUCACUUUUACCGCCUACAGACCAAACACCCCGCGCUCGAUCGGGUUGCAAUGGAGGAUGCCUCUUGCUGCUCCUGCUGAUCCUACUGAUGAUGAUGAUGCCACAAGUGAUGGAGACAAGGCAUCGAAAGUAGCCAGUCCAAGGCGCGGCCAAGUUGGUGUCCAACUGCAAGUGGAAACAGAGAAUGGCCAAAGUAAGACCACUGUGGAAGAAUGCCCCGUCUAUGUGGUGGGAAACCUGAGAGAUCUGGGCACCCAAAAUAAGGAUGUGCAUGAGAAGGUGCAAGUGUUUGACUUUGAGGAUUUUUCCAUGACAGACCACGAAACUGGAAACGAGAUUUCAUUACGAGAGCACAUGGAACAAGUCAAACCUCGUUUGGAAGCCACGGACGACGACGACCAAAAAGACUGCUGUGAUGAUCCUGAUGGAACAGCAACAACAAGUCCACAACAGGAUGACGAUGACGAUGAUGACAACUGGGACUAUGUCAGCAGUGAAGAUAUUCGCGAAGAAACUCUGCGAGGACUGCAUGAUGUCUUUUUGCCUAUCGUGCGGCAGGUGCUUGUUGAGCAACACGACAAAUACCAAUUCUACAAGUCUGGAUUGAAACAGUACCACCAACAAGACUAUCGAUUGAAAAUUAAAAAGUAUGCCAAACCAAGUCUACGCAACGCAUCUGAUCAAUAUGCCAAUUAUCUGCACAAUGAUGCUUGGAUCGUAGCCGGUGACAAUAAUGAUGUACCACCGAUUGCCAUGAUCAAUGUCUGGUUUGUCUUGAAUGACACUCCCCCCGACAAUACACUCGUCUUUUUGGAAACGACUGCCUCCAAGACAUUGCAAUCGCACAUGUUGCACGCCACGGCCGCUCAAAUUCGCAAUGAAACGGUGGUCUAUGAUGAAUCCUGUAGGACGUGGGGAUCAUUUUAUCUGUUUGUGGCGGGACAACGGAAUGUGUCGGAGCGAGUCUUGUUGCACGGGGCCAUGAAUGUGAACAACACAAAUAAUAGUACAGGCGUUGUCCGACGAUCGGUGGAAAUGCGGUACACGGUACACGAAACGUAGUCUAGCUAGAACAGCUCGACCAUCAUGACUUACGCCAAACUAUUUGCGAAUUAUUUAUUCCUCCGUC